AUGCGAAAAACUUCAUCGUUGCUUUGGGAGAGCUGUCAUAAGCUUCUCAAAACUCAUUCAUUGAUCAAGAAGGAAGCCUCCAUGACCUCUCGGAUGACAAGCAAUCAUAAUCAUUUGCAAAAUUAUCAUCAACAAAUGAUAACGAGAAAUGAGAAGAAUGUGCAAGCCUCGUCGUCCUCUCCCACAACGGAAUCAUCACAAAAUCCUUCUGUUAGAGUUGCCAAAGAUCUUGAUUACUUUUUGAAUAAGCACAGAUUUGAGAGAAGAUAUCUUUCUCAACAACAACAGGAACAUAUGGGUGAAAUGUUGGAAUCCUCGGGAGAAGUAAGCCCUGAACAAAAAGCUACUUUUGAAGUUGGAGAAAAAACUCCUUCCGAAAGUGAGGUCAUCAUUAAGCUGCCAUUCUCUACCGAUUCAAAACUGAGAGACAUCUAUACCAAUGCUUUUAAUGGAUUGCGUAUUGGAAGACUUUUGGAGGAUUUGGAUGCUGUGGCUGGAGAAGUAGCCUAUAAACAUUCGGACGGCUUUGAUAAAAGACGGCCACUCACCAUAGUGACGGCUGCCAUCGAUCGAAUUGAACUUCAAAAACCAAUCAUUCCAUUCUUCGAUUUAGAAAUUGUUGGUAAGGUCACGUUCACUGGUACAUCAAGCAUGGAAAUUAGAAUCGAAGUGCAUAGCAUCAAGAAGGACGUUCCGCUCAAUGAUUCACAAUUAUACAAGAAUACAUUUACAAGUGGAGUUGCGUAUGAGCAGAAAGAGCUUGUAAUGGUUGCCUAUUUUGUCAUGGUAGCUCUCGAUAAGGCCACCAAUAAGAGCACAAAAAUUCAUACCAUUAUUCCACAAACUGAAGAGGACAAGUUUCUUUUUGAAAUGGGAAAAGAGAACCAAGCAAGAAGAAAAGCCAUGAGUGAAUCAAGUCUCAUGAAAAAACCUCCAAGUGACGACGAGAGACUGCUCAUCCAUGAUAUUUUCCUUCAAAAGAUGAAGCAGCCUCAUAUUUCACACGAUUCUGAAUCAAAUGGUCCUGCCAUUCAUUACUUAUCUCUUGACGGAGGAGAACCACAAGCAUGCAUACCAAUGAGCAUGACAAAACAAAAUAACAUUAUGAUCAUGCAUCCAACCAAUAGGAAUAUUCACGGUAAAAUAUUUGGAGGUUUUUUGCUAAGAGAAGCUUAUGAAAUUGGAUUUAUUACUGCUUACAUGUACACCAAACACAGGCCUGUGUUCCUUGCAUUGAACGAAAACUCUUUCUUGAAGCCUGUAGAAGUGGGAAGCGUGGUAGAAUUCACUUCUCAAAUUGUCUAUGCUGGAGACAAGUCUUUAGAAAUUCGUGUUGAAGUUUGGGUUCUCGAUCCUCCAAGCGGCAAAAAGCUGCAAUGCAAUAUUUUCCACUUUGCUUUUACAUGCCCAAUCGUUUAUAAGGUAGUACCAGAUACGUAUGCUGAGGCUAUGCUUUAUUUGGAGGGUAAAAGAAUUCACAAGAAAGGAAAAACAAUGGCAGAACUGCUGAACUCCAAAUUGGCAGCUUCUUAUGCAUAA